ACGACAGUGCAUACCUGGCGUUGACCGCGCGCGCCCGCUUGUGCAAAUAACGUUGUUGUCUUAUUUGCAAUCUACCGACGUUGAAUGGUAUAAAAGAAAAAAAUACAACGCUUGCAGCAGUGAUGAAGUUACUUUGGUUCUUGUUAGUUGUAGCGGUGGCAGCUCAGCUCGAUGAUAUCGAGGAAGAGGAGUUGGAAGAACCUUACAAUGAGGAGGAUUAUGAGCAUUCCAAAAACAAAAGAAACAUAGACGAUUUUGAACAUUCUAGAACCAGACGAGAUAUAGAAAACGGCGAUCCUUAUGAAGAGAUUUUUAGAACGCGGCGGGAUAUUCAUGAACCGUUUGAAGAACAUUCAGGAGCUAGGCGAGAUAUAAAUGGCGAUUAUAAAGAGAAUUACAGGACACGGCGUGAUGUACAUGAAGGUCCGUUUGAAGAGCAUAUAAGAGUGAAAAGAUGUACAUACGAAGAUGUCCCAAUAAGUCGUGUCCGUCGCUCAGUAAGAACUCCUCGCCAAGUCCAUCAAUAUGAAGUCCAUGAGUUUACGGAUGGAGAUAGCUACCCAUCGCCUCCAUAUGAAGAAAUGCUAGCGGCUAGCGCUGAACAUUAUCAUAAAGUUUACGCAGCACCGAAUACGAGGCCAGAUGUGAGUGUGCCUGUUGUGUAUCGUCCUGUGCCGUCUGUGUUGUCUCCUGUGCCAUAUAAACAAGCUCGUCAAAUAUCCCAACCUCUCCAUACUCAACCUCACCAAACUCCUGUCCAAGCGUCAUACGCAAAAAUCCAAACCCCUCAAGUACCCCAAUAUUCUCAAAAUCUGCUUGCGAAACCCCAAGUCCAUCAACUCACUCAACCUUCAAAUCCCGUAGCUCUAACCCACCAGCAACCAUUCUUAGUUCCAGUUAAAUCUUCUAUCCGAGUAGCUAACGCUCCCAACUCCUUCCAAAGUUCUUUAGGUAUCAUCCAAGCGAAAGUCCCGCUUUCCUCAGAAGUUGCUGUAGCUACUGUGGAAGAAAUCCCGCUGUUGAAGGAUCAGCAGGAGGCAGCGGCGGUGGUCAAGCAUCAUAAGCAUGCGACGGGACAUACUCAGGGAGGGGGUCAUUCGAAACAUGCGCAGCAUGACGCGCAUAAAGGAGGAAAGAGCUCCAGUGGUUUCAAACACGACCAUCAUGUAGACAAAGGAGCUAAAGGCUUCAAAACGGACGAGCUACAUCGCAAGGAAUAUGAAGAAGCAGAAGGAAAAAAGAAGAAACACCACGAUAAAGCAGACCAUAAAGGAAGCCAUGAGGAGGAAGCUCAUGGACACAAGGGAUCUAAAUUUGAUGAGAAGAAGGGGCAUAAGAAGGGACACAAAACUAAAGGCUACCACAACAAAUACCACAAAGACGAAUUCCACAAAGAGCACAAGUUUUACGAUGACUACCAUAAGAGCGGGGAACACCACCGAUACGGCAAGUUCAACGCGAAACACGCCAGCAAUGAGAGCGGGAAGAAGAAGGCACAUCAUGUUAAUGCUGGACAUGACUUCGUUGAGCGAGGGAAGAAGGGAUACAGCAACAAGGGACACCUGGACGCAGACCACAAAGGAUACAACGGCAAGCAGGGCCACGAGGAACACCACGAGAAGCACUCCUCCCACGGCAAGAAGGGGGGCAAGGAGGGGGGCUCGCACUGGAAACAUGCCAAGAACUAAAACCUACAAUCAUGUGCAAGUUACGGAAAUUCUCUUAAAUACUGUAAAGUUAUUUUGGAAUUUGAACAUAUUGCCAUUUUGGAAAAUUUCGUUCUCAAUCGUUGAGUUAUUAUUGCUUUAGAGAAGCCAAAUCAAAUAAUGAAAUUGUAGCAAUCGCAACCUGCACCACGCGACCAGAAUGUCGUAAGCGCCGUAACAUUCAUGGCGCUUAUGCGUUAAGGUCGCGACAUUCACGCUCCGCUUCUAUGGUUUGUUGUCAAGAUAACAACUCAUGGCGCAAAAUACUGGUUACCAGUUAUAUACGUAGUAAUAAUAGUUAUAUAAAUCCCAAUAGAAGAAUGUAAAAAUAUUUAGAAAAUAUCGGUAUUUUAGAAAGCUUUCGUCGGUGUAUCAGAAACCAUGCUAAAUAAAAAGCUAUACAAUAACGCUCCAGUUAUCUUCGUAAAUACCAUGCAGAGAUUAUAGGGACCGUGCGUGUUGGAGGGUCUGCCAUCUUGUGCUCUGAAUCGGAACCAUAAACGGGCACAUUUACACGUCAAGUGUUUUUGUGCAUAGUAGGUUCUGCCAUCUUGUGGGCUACAUCGGAACAAAAAACAUCACAUUUACGCCUCGCGCCAAAAAUCGGCUUCUGUGCUGCCUCAUAUAGUUCAUGCACGCUCCCUAUAAUGUGUGUUUAUGCAAUAUGUCACCGCUUGAUGUGACAGCUGACAUAUAGUUUCUUAUAUUAAAUCAAGCUUUAUGCAUAAGUAUUUAAUGUGGCAUGUCUUUAAGGAUCAGUGCGACUGCCAUUCUUUAGGAGUUUUAUAAGGUUAACAUUGAACUAUUAUUACUACGUUUAAAACCGACACAGAAAACCAGUAUUUCGCGCCAUGAGUUGAUGUUGUUUUAACAAUAAUUUUAUCACCGCACCUCCCGCCAAAGAAACAAAGUUCAUCCUCACUUUCUCGACACUUGGCAAACCAAGAACAAGCGGGCAUCUCGCUCGUUUUUUCCCAGAACGUGCAAGUUGUGGAAUGAGCUACCUUCUGAGGUGUUUCCCUUGCGCUAUGACAUGGGGUUCUUCAAGAAGCAGGUUUUUAGGGUUCUCAAAGGUUGGCAACGCAUAAGUGGCUCCUCCGAUGUUGCUUAUGUCCAUGGGCGGCGAUGACUGCUUCCCAUCAGGCGGCUCGUCUGCUCGUUUGCAGCCUAUUACAUAAAAAAAAAAAAAAAAAAUCCACAGAAGCGGAGCGUGAAUUUCGCGACAUAAACGCGUAAGCGCCAUGAAUUUUACUGCACUUACGACGUUUUGGUCGCGUGGUACACGUUGCGAUCACGACAAUUUCAUACUUUGGUAUGGCUUCUCUAUAGAAAUGUUAACUCGAUGGUUGUGACACCAAUUGCCAGUUGUUUUAAUAAUCAGUAUUAUAGGUACGAGUUGAAUUUAGGGAUGUGAUAUUUUAUUGGUAUAAAUACCUGUUUAUUAGAAGAUCUAUUGUUACUUUUUUCCUGAGAAAAUAUAAAGAUUAUAUCUUCUACUUGCUAGGCUUAAAUAAUGGUACCUAAUAAUUGAAAUACGUCUCAAAGAAAAGUACAAGCAAGUUACCUACUUUACAUAAUGUUAAUUAUUAACAAUAGUCGUACGAAAAAAGAAUAACACGAACUGAUCGGUAAAAUAAACAGACAACGAAACCCACUUAAGGUUUAAUAGAAAAAGUGUAUCAAAUAGUUAAAACGGUUAUAUCGAAUGACGCAACCGAAACACCGAAACGAACCAUCGUCGCAACCUAAUUCGAAAAGUUACUUUGCCUCACUUAAUUAACUUAGCUAAAAUCAACCACAGUACCAACACAUUAGAGUUGAUAUUUGUGUGAACUAAAUCGCUUUACACAGUAGAAAUGCAUGAAAUCAGUCCAACCCGUGUGAAAUUUAGUUCCGUGAGUUUAUUUAUUGUAUAAAUAUUGUUAUUUCAGGAAGUGAAUUUUUACGUAUUUAAGAUGCUGGAAAGAACUAAAUACUUAGUCUUAGUCUGCUUUUUUUCAGGUUAGAAAUUGUAUAACCUCAAAAAGUAGUUCUAACUAUUUUCCUCCAAGAUGAAAUCUGAGUAACUGUGCACUGAAUCAUAGUAUCGUUUACAUAUUAUUGCGCCGCAAUAUUAGAUAUCGUAGGAACCCUAGCAUUUCGGAAGAAAAUUUAAUUACUACUUUUGAGGUUAGAAAAAUUUGAAUCUUAAAAAAACGGGGUAUACCUAAUUUUAAACACAUAAAUGUGGUUUUCUUUAUAAAGCAAAAUAAGAUACUUUUUAAUGCCAUCUUUUUAAGUAUUUUUUCUAAAUGGGAAGCCAUUUAUUCUACUUUUUCUUGUAGUUUUUUUAAAUCAUUUUCUUUAUAUUUAUUUAUCAAUUAUUCCUUUUCAUUGUUGUUAUCUUUAGUUCUUAUGAUAUAUUUUCUUCCAGCAUUUUUAACUUCGCUAAUUUUCUUUAGUCCUUCCCGUGCAAUCUAAAAGUAUAAUUAUGUUUAUAAUCAGCAUCUUAAAUAUCAUCAGAUAUUGUAAAUAAUAUUUUACCUUUCAUUGUACAUACGAACUUUAUUAUAAUAAGAUUUAAAAAUAUGUGAUGUUAUCUAUGAACAUCCGCCGUUAUAAACGAUGCUCCGAUACAAAUACAACGUUGCGCGACGCAGUGCGGCGUGUAAGCGCCAUCGACAAUAAGGUCCCUUUUCAUAGAUAAGGCCACAUAUAUGUUUAUACCGAUAUAAUGUAUAGUUGCAGACCUCAAUGCAAGAAACUUCGUUAUGCAGUUUCCUACAAAUACCUCUAUUUAAAAUAAAUAUAUUUUGCUUGGAAUACUUUCAAGUUCAUGUUUAUGGAUAGCCCGUGAAAACUUAUAACUGUGUACAUAAAUCUCUUAAUUUUAAAGCAACCGUUCAUACAAACAAACAAUGAAAUCACAUAUUACGAGUAUCUAUAUGAAAAAAGUAUUGACUUGUUUGAAUAUACCUGAAAAUAUGAAAGACUGUAGAUAUUAAUUUUUAAAAUUGUAAUAAGUUUAUGAAUUAUGUGUAUUUACGUUUUUAUACAUUUUGUCAUUAUAUUUUACUUUGUGAAAAUAAAUGAAUAAGUUUUUGUUA